AUGUGGGUCGCCCUCAAGCAGAGGUCGCCUUGUGUUUUGUCUCACCACCCCCCUCCUGGUGUAUCUCCUUGCAGAGCUGCUUUGGAGGAUGUGGAGGGAGACGUGACGGAACUGGAAGUGAAACUAGACAAGCUGGUCAAGCUUUGCAUUGCUAUGAUCGACACGGGAAAAGCCUUCUGUGUUGCAAACAAGCAGUUCACAAACGGCAUCCGAGACCUGGCCCAGUAUUCCAGCAAGGACGCCCUGAUGGAGGACAGCCUGACCAAGUUCUCGGACAGCCUCCAGGAGAUGAUCAACUACCACACAAUCCUGUUUGACCAAACCCAGAGAUCGAUUAAAGCACAGCUGCAGAUGUUUGUUAAAGAAGAUAUUAGGAAAUUUAAAGAUGCUAAGAAGCAGUUUGAGAAAGUCAGCGAAGAGAAGGAAAACGCCCUGGCCAAAAACGCCCAAGUCCCCCGGAACAAGCAGCAUGAAAUCGAGGAGGCCGCCAACAUUUUGACGGCGACCCGGAAGUGCUUCCGCCACAUUGCUCUCGACUACGUUCUUCAGAUUAAUGUUCUCCAGUCAAAGAGAAGAUCAGAGAUCCUGAAAUCGAUGCUGUCCUUCAUGUACGCCCACCUGGCCUUCUUCCACCAGGGCUAUGACCUCUUCAGUGAGCUUGGCCCCUACAUGAAGGACCUUGGAGCUCAGCUGGACCGUCUGGCCGCAGAUGCUGCGCGAGAGAAGAAGGAGAUGGAGCAAAAGCACUCCACCAUUCAGCAGAAGGAUUUGUCCAGCGAUGACACCAAGCUCGAGUACCACAUGGACGCAGCCAACGGGAUGGUCAUGGAAGGCUACCUUUUCAAGCGGGCCAGCAAUGCCUUCAAAACCUGGAACAGGAAAAAGCCCGAUGGCAUCAGGCGCUGGUUCUCCAUCCAGAAUAACCAGCUGGUCUACCAGAAAAAAUUCAAGGAUAGUCCCACGGUGGUGGUGGAAGACCUGCGCCUCUGCACCGUCAAGCACUGCGAGGACAUUGAGCGGCGCUUCUGUUUCGAAGUGGUCUCUCCCACCAAGAGCUGCAUCCUUCAGGCCGAUUCGGAGAAGCUGCGGCAGGCCUGGAUCAAGGCUGUGCAGACCAGCAUUGCGACCGCCUACCGGGAGAAAGGGGAGGACGCAGAGGUGGAGCGAAAGCCGUCCCCUUCCGUGGGGAGCCCAGAGUCCAGCGCAGAUUCGAAAGAGAAGCUGCUGAAAGGGGAGAGCUCCCUCCAGCGGGUCCAGAGCAUGGCGGGCAAUGCGGUGUGCUGCGACUGUGGCCUGGCAGAUCCCCGGUGGGCCAGCAUCAACCUGGGUGUCACCCUCUGCAUCGAAUGCUCCGGCAUCCACAGGAGCCUGGGUGUCCAUUUCUCUAAAGUCCGGUCCUUGACUCUGGACUCGUGGGAACCAGAGCUUCUGAAGCUGAUGUGUGAGCUGGGAAAUGACGUCAUAAACAGGGUGUACGAAGCAGAGCUGGAAGAAACGGGAGUUCAGAAGCCCCAGCCAGGAAGUAACAGACAGCAGAAAGAGGAGUACAUUCGGGCCAAGUACGUGGAGCGGAGGUUUGUGGCCAAGUGCCCUGUGGCCUCUGCAUCCCCGGGAGGAAAAGCCGUGCCUCCAGGCCACGCAGCCAAGAGGCAGAGCGUCCAUGAGGUGCCCCGGCCCCCGAGCGAGCAGCAGACCGCGGCUGCUCUCAAAGUCCUGGGCAUAAGUAGCGACGAGGAGGCGAGGCGGGAGUCUCUCUUCUGUCCCGAUGAGCUAGAUUCGCUCUUCUCCUACUUUGAUGCCUCCUCAAAGCUGCGUAGCAUGCGCAGCACCGACAGUGGGUUCCAGCAGGGUGGGAGCGACAGCCGGGAGCGCCUGGCCUCCGCCACCUCCGCCAGCACCUUGUACGAGCCAGACGCUGAGCGGCCUAAAGGUGCCGGGGCGGCCGCCUCCCCUGCGGAUCUUCCAGAGGUGGAGCGGUUCCUGCCAGGCCUGCAGCUCUACCAUGCUGCCUACGAGAAGAGCCUGCCUCGGAUGGCCGAAGCCCUGGCCCACGGGGCAGACGUCAACUGGGUCCACGUGGAGAAGAACCGGUCCACGCCGCUGAUCCAGGCCGUCCACGGGGGCUCCCUGGUCACUUGUGAAUUCCUGCUCCAGAACGGGGCCAACGUCAACCUCAGGGACGCCCACGGCCGGGGGCCCUUGCACCACGCCACGGUCUUGGGGCAUACAGGGCAGGUGUGUUUGUUCCUUAAACGGGGCGCCAAUCAGCACGCCACGGACGAAGACGGAAAAGACCCUUUGAGUGUCGCCAUAGAAGCGGCCAACGCAGAUAUCGUGACCCUGUUGCGCUUGGCCAGAAUGAACGAAGAGAUGCGGGAGUCGGAGGGGCUCUACGGCCAGCCAGGAGACGAAACCUACCAGGACAUCUUCCGGGACUUCUCUCAAAUGGCAUCUCACAAUCCAGAGAAGCUAAAACGUUUCCAGCCGCCAGAAACGCAGAAGCCUUGAAGGGUCUCAAGACUGGGAAGUGCAAGACGUCCAGGACUUCUCCCCAACCGACCCCCACCUCCUCCCUGCUGAUGUACUUGGAGCCCCCCCGCCCCCACCCCUUUUAUACAUAAAAGCGGCUUUGAGUAUA